AUGAGUCUAUGUGUUGUUCUGCAACUCGUACGGACCAUGACCGACGAAGAAACCAUCUCUAGCCCUUCUCGAAACGCCAUCGGAGGCCGAGAAGGUCUAGAACUGUCCAACGCGUCCCAGGAGGCCCGUGGCUGCGCGUAUCCCCUUCUGACUGUGGAGGAGAUACGAGAAAGGCUGGAAGAAAUGAGGGAAAAGCGGAGAAAGGAGCAUGAAGAGCAGGGAGAGCAGGGAGAGCUGGGAGAGCUGGGAGAGCUGGGAGCGCCGCGAGAGGACUCGGACAGGCGGCACAAAGAGUGGAGGGAAACAUUCGACAAGACCGCAAGGGAGCUCCGUUCUUUCCGAUUGUCGUUGCGGCAUGGCGUCCUAGAGAGCAGACGGGCUGCGAAUGUGAAGAGAAACGACGCGCCCUUACCUCACGACGAGAACAAGACUCCCAUGCCCGCUCGGAAUUAG